CAAUUAUUCUCUGUGUUCCUUAAGUCUUCCAUGUGAUUGAUUAACGCCCAUGCCCACAUGAACAUUCUGCAUCAUAGUUAGUAAUUGACUGUAAGCCAGCCAGCCUACGGAGAAGAAACAUUUGCAAAUAUUCUUCUCCUUUUGACCGUUAAGAUCCCCAUAGGCACCGUUCCUGACCCACCACACGGGGCUUCCCUAAACACACUGAGGGGCUCCAUGGGACCGCACAGCUCCACUUGUCAACGCUGGCGACCAAGCAGAAAAAAACGUCUACAAAUCUGGUUAGCUCCACGCAGGCGCAUAGCGUGACUUAUACCUCUCAUUGUAAGAGAGAACCAUGUCCACAUCGCAUUCAGUCAUCAUUACCAAGUCCGAAGCAAGUGGCGCAGUGCCAGCGAAGUUCCAAUGCAGUGACAUUACUGAAAGUUUCAUUGCCGCGGCUCUGGGAUGCUUUGCCUGACUUUACGCUCGGGGCUAACCGUUACUAACUUACUGAAGGGGCCACAUCGCCUGACAUGGAUUAAGAACAAUUUUCUGUGUUGUUCGAAGGGACAGAAAUAAUUCCGUGAGAAAAUAUCUAAAGAGCGUAUGGAUUACAUGUAAAAACAGUGCUGCUCCCGCUGUAUCUCUGGGGAGGUCAUUUGAGAAGUGUAUUUGCAGGAGACAUGGACAGCCUAUUUUGCACAGCAGUGGAGCUCCGUUCAGGUUGGAUUGAUGCGAAGUCUACUGGAGGUCUCGAAACUGCCUAAUUGAUGUAUAGAGGCUAAGAGAAAGAUUUGAUUUAAUGUAAACGUAAUCUCCGCGUGGUUCCGCGUACCUAUGUCCGGUACGCUUUUCACUCACUCUUAGAUAAAGAAACUUGGAGUCCUGUGAUAAAAGGGGAACAUUGGAUACUUGUUGGAACUUCUUUGACUACACACUUGAGGAUCUAUUGAAUUACCUCCGGAAUUUCGCUGUCAAAUGAGAAUUUCAAAGUCGUUUAUUUGGUUUCUUUUUGCCCUUUUUCCUCCUCUCAUCUCAUUAGUCCACCGCAUCAUUAGAUUUGCCAAUUUGCACCUAAGGGGUGAAAGUCUUUUCGUUACUUAGCAUCAAGUUGUGAGUCUGAAGCAGGGAUGAGGAGUGGAAGUUACCCGAUGUCUCUGGCUAUGGUCGUGACACUUUUGACGUUUAUCAACGUGAAGGCGAGUGGCGAGUAUUGUCACGGAUGGCAGACCCUGGAGAACGGCUGGAGAGAUGGCUUUCAGUGUCCGGAGCGCUUUGACCACGGGGAUGCAAUCAUAUGCUGCGGCAAAUGUGAGCUUAGAUACUGCUGUUCUAGCACCGAAGCCCGACUUGACCAGGGAUCUUGUGAUAAUGACAAGCAAGCUCAAGACUUAAACCCAGGAAGUAAGGAGGACAAAGACAACGGGGCAGUCCCCAUCUAUGUGCCUUUCCUGAUCGUGGGCUCGGUGUUCGUGGCCUUCGUCCUCCUGGGCUCCGUGGUGGCCGUGUGCUGCUGUCACUGCCUGCGCCCCAAACAGGAGCCCUCCUCGGGGGGCUCUGGUGGGGGGCAAGGGGGCAGCGGCGGGGGCCGCCUUCUGGAGACCAUCCCCAUGAUGGCCAGCGUUGGCACCUCACGGGGCUCCUCCUCACGCCAGUCCAGCACCGCCACCUCCUCGAAUUCUUCUGCCCCUCCCAGUGCCCCGCGCAUGCCCACAGGGAUGCCCCCCCAAGGGGGCGGUGCCCUCCUCCGCACCCAGGCAUCCUGCUGCAUACCCCCGGAUGCCAGCGUCUACGUCAACAUGCCCACCAACUUCUCCGUGUUGAACUGCCAGCAGGCUACGCAGAUUAUGCCCCACCAGGGGCAGUAUCUGCACCCCCAGUACAUCGGCUACGCCCACCCUGUGGCACACCAGGCCGCCUACCUGGACCCCACACACGGGGGCUACCGGCCCCUACAGUCCCCCUACCCUCCCCCCACCAGUGUGGUCAGCCUGACAAGCGAGCAGAAGCACCCCCCUGUAACUGUGUGAGCCACACAAGGCCUUUGAAGGGCUGUUUAUGACUGAGAGAGGCCCCCGUGGGAAUUAUUCUUAUGGGGACUUGUCCUUAUGGGAACCUGUCCUUGGGGGACUGUCCUUGUGGGGACCUGGUUUGUGUGUACGGCUGUUAAGAGGCCCACUGCAAAAGCAGAGUCAGUGGAGAAUCAGAGUCACAUGGGCAACACACGGCCACGGAUCAAUGCCAUGCUCCAGCAGGACUGUGUCAUGUGUUGGAACAGGGCUGUUAUGUGUGUUUUCAUGAAUGUAUGAGUGUGUGUGUGUGUGUGUGUGUGUGUGUGUGUGUGUGUGUGUGUGUGUGUGUGUGUGUGUGUGUGAGGGCACAAUAAGCGUAGUCUCAGGGUUUGAAGAGGUCAGACUCCAGACAACAUAUUUGGGGGUAGAAUCCUUUAGUUUGACUCAGUCACCGACACACAACUGUAACAACAUUUGCAAUCACACACAAAAGGAAAUGUAUGAUAUAUUCCCGGGACUUAGAGCAUUACUAACAGAGGAAGUUACUGAUAUGAAAUGUAAUCAUGAUGUAUGCUUUGUGAGAGGUGGUUAUGUUUGGCUAUGUGGUGAAUGACAGCAAUGUAUACAUUUGAAGUGUGUGAGCAUAAGCAUUAUUUUGUUGUAAAUAAUAACAGAAAACACACUCAGUGCCUAGGGUAUGUGUGACUGUGAAUGUCCUAUUCAAGUUUGUACAGUAUGUCUUAGGGCCAAGCCUUUGUAGAGAGAACGUUUAGUAUUUUGUAUGCAGCUAUAUGUGUGUGUGUGUGUGUGUGUGUUGUAGUGUGGUGUGUGUGUGUGCAUGUGUGUACGUGUGUGUGUGUUGUAGUGUGGUGUGUGUGUAAUGGUAAAGCCAGGUGCUGUGAUGUGAAAAGCAGUCCCUCUGUCCCUACAGGACAGUUAAACUCUAAUGAAGUGAGCACAGGACACAGACUGUGACGCUCCGCCCUACCACCUCACCACAGUGAGUGGACACACACACACACACACACACACACACACACACACACACACACACAC